UUAAUACUAUAGAAAUCUAAACUAUUUACUUAAACAAUUGAAAUAGUAAAAACGUAAACACAGAAAUAAAACCUCUUGCUUUAAUAUGUCUUCUCGUUUUAUUUUACAAGUAUUUGAUCAGUAUCAAAAAGCACGAAUGCAGUUUGUUCAAACGAUAACAGAUCUUGCUUCAAAACGUCACAAUGCAGAAUAUUUGGAUAAUGCUGGUAUUUUAAAUUUACUUUGCCCUUUAUUAUGGGAUGUUACCCCGUCAAUUCAACAGCUUACUACAAUUGCUCUUGGACGAUUGGCUAAUCAUAAUAUGAAAAUAGCUGAAGCUAUUUUACAAAAAAAUAUUUUACCUCAGUUGCUGAAACAGAUUAAUAAAAAAACAGAAUUCUAUAAAAAGGCCGUUUUAUUUCUUUUGCGGUCUUUGGUUAAACAUUCUCCUGUAAUAGCACUUACAGUAGUAUCAGAAGGUGGUUUAGAAGCAAUGGCUAUAUGUUUGGAAGAUUUUAAUCUUGGAAUAAAAGAGGCCGCUGCAUGGGCUGUUGGAUAUAUUUCUAAACAUAAUAAAUGUUUAGCACAAGCAGCUGUUGAUUGCGGAACUGUUCCACUGUUAGUACUUUGUCUUCAAGAAUCACAACUGUGUUUGAAACAAGUUAGCACUUCAGCAUUAUGUGAUAUUAGUAAACAUACUACUGACUUAGCACAAAUAGUUGUAGAUGCUGGUGCUGUUCCAAUUUUAGCAAAAACAAUGUUGAAUCCAGAUAUAAAACUAAAACGUCAAGUUUUAUCUGCAUUUGGAUGUAUAGCAAAACAUUCUAUUGAGUUAGCAGAGUCUGUUAUGGAGGCACAAGUAUUUCCAGAAACUUUUUAUUUAAUGAGACAUGUAGAUGACAAUAUUGCAAAAUCUGCAGCAAAUUUAACGAAAGAAGUAUGUAAACAUACUGUUGAGCUUGCUCAACUUAUAACAAAUUUGGGAGGUAUUGAAUUUCUUGUUGAAAUGAUUGAUUGUAAAUCCUCUUCAACUAAAUUACCUGCUAUAAUUGCUCUUGGAUAUAUUGCUGGUCAUUCAGAUCAAUUGGCAUUAACUGUUAUUGAACUGAAGAGUAUCAAUCAAUUUGCGGCUAUUUUGGAGACGGAACAUGAAAAUCAUAUUCUAGCUAUUGUAGUAUGGGCAUUAGGACAAAUAGGUAAACAUUCAGCCGAGCAUGCUCAAGCUGUUGCCACUGCAAAUGUAUUAACUUUUAUAAUAGAAUUAUACACAAAUUCACGAAACUCUGAAGAUUUAAGACUCAAAUGCAAGAUAACACUAAAACAAGUUUUGCAAAAAUGCUUGUAUAUUGAAGCUUUGGAACCUUUGUUACAUGAUGCCCCGUCAAAUAUACUUAAAUAUAUUCUUGGACAAUUUAGUAAGAUUUUACCGAAUGAUGCUAAAGCACGUCGGCUUUUUGUAACAACAGGGAGUUUAAAAAAAAUUCAAGAAAUUCAAACAGAUCCGAAUUCAAUUUUAUCAGAAUAUAUAACAAUAAUAAACUGUUGUUUCCCUGAAGAAAUUGUCAGAUACUACUCCCCUGGGUAUCCUGAUAGCCUCUUAGAAGCUGUAGAUCAGUAUCAACCAAACUGUUUAUUCAAUGAAAUAAAAUGUAAAAGAUUAAAUAAACAAAGCGAUUCAAGUAUAUCUAUUGAUGAAAAUAACGAGGAA